CAGUUUCAUUUUCCUCUCACUCCGCCUCAGAACAUUUCAGACAGGCGUUUGGACCGACUGUGCAGAAAGGGGCUUAUCAUAGAGUGCAUGGAUUAAGGAUCGAUAUGCUGGAGGAACAUCCGACGCAGAGGGCGAAGGUAAUAGAGCUAUCCCACAGCGGGUUCACCGCAAGCGACCGCCGGUAUGCCUCCACCACGUCUCCCCCUGAAGGCGUUACAUUGGGGGUAAUUGGAAUGAUUGAAGAGACCAUUGGUGUACUGGAAUCCUAAUAGGAUUCCGCCGUGCUGUUCACACGCAUUUCCUAUCCAGGCAAUUCCAGCGGCCGCAGUGCUGAGUGGUGCUCCGCCGGCCACUACGCUUGUGAAGACUUGAUCUCCGGCCGUCCGUGGUCACACUCUUGCCUGGAGUAGCGAUAAUCGCCCACAGACCUUUCUCCAGAACUGGACUCCAGGUCUUACCCACUCCAUCAUGUUCCUAAUGCCGGCUUUUUCCGCCGCUACGGUAUUGGGUUUCCUCACAGGGAUCAGUCUCGCGCAGACCGACAUCGGCCUCACCCUGCCGGAACAAGUCAACACUGUGCUGGGCGAUCCCGUCACCCUGGCUGCAAGCUACAGUACCAACCGCCAGGUGGAGCUACUUUCAUGGUACAAGAUCGACAACGACGACCCCUCGAAAAGGGUGCUGGUUCUGUCCUACUCCCCCAUGAGAGGACAGAGGACGUAUCAUAAUUUUGUAGAGCGGGUGGAGCUUGUUGGUCCGGCGUCGCUAAAGAUUUUAAAGACCCGCGUGGAGGACGAGGGGAAGUACGUCCUGUCACUGCUGGUGGAGGAGGUCGGCAGUGUGGACGGCUUCGUCACGUUACACAUUCUAGUUGUUGAAGUGGGCCCGUCCAACCCCUACGUCAUCGGCCUGGGAAAAGCCGCCCUCCUGACGUGUACAGUGAUGAACGCCAAGCCAAACAUCUCUUCUCUCCACUGGAAGAAAGACGGAACCAUCGUGGACAGUAACCUGAUGAACACCAAGUUCAGCGGAGGAACCAUGGCGUCGCCAUCUUUGAUGAUACGUCACGUGACCCGAACGGACGCGGGCUUGUACACAUGCGUGGCCGAUCACGUGGUCAAACAAGAGAGAAGCAGUCUGAGAUUAUCCGUGUUGUACCCUUCAGCCAUCAUCAGUAUGUCCGACUCCGUGACGUCAUCCCUGUCGGACCGCGUCACCCUGCAGUGCGUGGCAGACGGUAACCCUCCGCCAAACAUCACGUGGACCAAGAACGGGCUGAAGCUCAAGUCCAGGACGCACUCCCUGUCCUCCAGCGUACGGGCCAGCUCCAUCGUCCUCCCGAAGGUCAUGAAGAACGACAGCGGUACCUACCUGUGCGUGGCCACUAAUGGUGUGGGAGAACACGACAAGAAGACGCUAGAACUAACCAUAAAACCGUCCGCCCUGAUGGCCACGCUAAGCUGGAACACGAUAGCGGUGAUUAUCGGCGCCACGGCGGGCGGGCUGUGGGUGGUGGUGUGCGUGGGCAUCACCAUGUACUUCAUCAAGAGACGGCGGGAGAAGAAAGACAAGGAGAAGUACGCCUUCUACUACAAGAUGGGGCGGAAACAGGGCACGGACGAGAUGGACAUCAAAGACGGGCAAACUAAUGAUGGCCCACCAGGGAAGCCGCCAAAACCGCCGACUGACCCCUACGCGGGAAUCAAUACAAUCAGGAGACAGGCGGCAAAGAAAGGGAGGAACGCCGACAGAAGAUACGCCAAGGUACUUUACCCCUAUCGACCCACGGAAGACAACGAGUUGUGCUUGGAAGUGGACGACGUCAUCGAGGUGCUGGAGGGGGAAGAUGGCGGCUGGUGCCUGGGUUACCUGAGGGGCAGGAUAGGCCUGUUCCCCUCCAACUACGCUACCUUCCUCACAGCCAGCGAAGCGUCCACCAUGAAGUUGGAAAUGAUCUACCAAAGUAUGGAUGACAUCGUCGCCUCUCCCGCCAAAUGCAGCAUGUGAACCGAAUGAAUUGACAUUUACCCCGGGACCUGCCGGCGGUUCCAUGUCGUUCCGUGCCAGUUGAACCAAAUCCAAGCCUAAAACGCCUGGAACACCGCGCAUAUUUCAAAUCCUGCAGAACUUGACUUGUCCAAAACACGGCAACGUCAGGAGUUUCUGAACUGUUCUGCAGCCGGAUAUGCCCUAUAUAUUAUAUGAUUAAUGAAAAGACUCUGACUGAUUCCAUGAAUCUAUCAUAAUGAUUGGUUUUAAUUGAAAAACAAUCCAUUAAAGCAGUGCAAAAGGACCUUCUGGAUCAAUACAAUUUGCUCUGCCACAUGUGCACAAGGAAGAUUGCCGAUAGACAAGCGUCUCUACCGCUGAUUCUGUUAGUGAGACGAGAUUCUGAGACUUUUGCUGUCAUUGGCUGGACCUGAUGAACAGAGACUCUCUGGAUGCAGCUGCAGACUGUUGAAGAUUUCUCGCUGUCGGAGUUAAAAUGCGAUUGUAGUUGAUAGUAGUGUGAUACCGCCUGCAACUUAUUCUGCCCCAGCAACUGGAGUGCAUGAAGAUGGACUUCGUGGAUCUCGUGAAUAUUGACAGGAGCGAAGGCUAAACCGAUCUUUGGUGACAAACUUGAGUAAUCGAGUUCACCGCUUCUUGCUCAUCCCUUCCCGCUGGCGGUGUGUCGGAGGAAAUCCGCUCUCCGGACCACAUUAAGAGAUUGCGAUGCAGAGAUAAAAGUUUCAUGCCCAAGAAUCCUCUUUGAUAUCAAGGCAAAAGUUUGCAACCAUCGUCGAUCACGAUUAACCCGCGACAUUGUUACGACAGCGUCGAAGGAUCCAAUGUCGUCCACUAUCAAAGAAAGGUCGCCUCUCUGUUCUGCUGAAUACCGUUAUUCAAUCUGGGUGAUGAAAUACUAGAAUUAACGGCGGCAUCAUCUGGUAUAGAGUAUUCAUCUGGGGGAAUAAAGUCGAUCCACGAGGGCCAGGUGACAAACGAAGUGUAAGCCGCGGAGGAGACACUUUGCCUAGAGAGGAAGUAUGGGGUGGCUUAUGGGCGACAUGAUAAGCGAUAUGCCUUGAAGGACCUUCACGGUCAUUUCUGACGAUGACUUGGUCGAUGUGAUCCAUUGGAAUGUAUAUUUGACACAGGG